AUGCUGGACAUUGUGGACGUCAUCGGGAAGUUCGGCACAUACCACGCACUCAUCGUGCUUCUCAUCAUGUUGCGAGCUGUGCCCACCGGGUGGACUAAUAUGAUUACGCCGCUGAUAGCUCCAAAGAUGGACCACUGGUGCGCUCGUCCGCCGGAACUUUUGCUUGCAAACUUCAGCGACCACGAGUGGAAGACCCUGGCCGUGCCGUUGACUGAGGACGGCUCCUUCGCCAAGUGUGAGAUGUAUCUCGUGACGAUUGGAAAAGCACUAAUCGACGUGGACAGGAAUGUUACAGUUGCGUGCCAAAGCUGGGAAUACAAUACGUCCGUGUACGAAAAAACUAUCGUAAACCAGUGGGACCUUGUAUGCAGCAGGAGCUGGUACCGCUCCGCAGCGCAAAGCGUCGUCAUGGCCGGCGCUCUCGUUGGAGUGCUCCUGUUCGGAGAGAUGUCCGAUAGGGUGGGGAGGAGGCCAACCUUCUUCGCCUGUGUCCUUCUUGUCCUGACGUUCGGUUCGCUGUCAUCAGUGGCACCGGGCAUCGGCUGGUUCAACGCAGGUCGCUUCAUGCUGUCCAUGGGCAUCGCUGGGUGCCAAGCCACGACUGUGUCACUUUUGAUGGAGAUUGUACCUCCGAAGCAUCGCAUGAUGUUGAACCUGGGAUUUGGCAUCGGAUACACGGGUUCUUUGCUGCUCCUGCCACUCGUAGCCUACCACCUCAAUAACUGGUCCAGCCUGCAACUAAUAGCAGGUCUAUCGGCCAUCAUGAUGAUUCCAUUCUGGUUCAUUCUUCAGGAAUCUCCCCGUUGGCUGUUGACUAAAGGGCGCCUUGAAGACGCCGAGGCUACGAUGGUGAAAGUCUUAAAGAUAAACCGAAGACCAAUUCCAGAUAUGGACCAAGUGAUGAAUGACCUCAGUCUACAAAGCAAAUUGGAGUCCCGAAAAACGAAGAUCAGGUUCUUUGACUUCUUUAGAACUCCUAAGAUGAGAAGGAACACAUGCGUGCUUUUUGUCCUGUGGUUUCUGGGAGGCGUGAUCUACUACUACGCGGCGCUGAACGUCACAAAUAUUCCCGGCAACCCAUACAUCAACUACACCGUCUCAUCCGCGGCAGAGCUGCCAGCGGCGCUUCUGGGAAUGUACGUCGUCAGGUGCUGGAGCCGGCGACGCUCAAUGGCAGUUCAACUCCUCCUGGCCGGCUUAGCCUUUGUGCCGGCGCCCUUUUUACCAAAAGACGGCUCCCCCUGGCCCAGAGUGGCAUGCAACAUGCUGAUGCGGUUCUUCUUCCUGGUCGGAGGGUUCAUCAAGUGGAUCAUGGUCCUGGAGAUUUUUCCGACAUCCGCGCGCAGCUUUGGCUUCGCUUGCUGUCUCACCUGUUCCCGCUUUGGUGCCAUGGUUGCGCCUUUUCUCGUGGAUUUAGGCGAUGCUACCAGCGCCAUUAUUCCUGCCGUGCUGGUUGUGUUGAUGAACUUACUGACCGCGGGGCUCGCCCUAGUCCUUCCCGAAACCCUCAACAAGCCUCUGCCAGACAACUUCCAGGAGGCGGAGAAUAUUGACAGGUGA